AUGAUGUCCAAUCGCCUUCCCAUUCCCCGCUUGGCAGAUCCACAGGCAGGUCGAAAAUUUGGCCGUACAGCUCGCGCCUGUGAUCAGUGCCGAAUACGCAAAUGGAAAUGUGAUGGCAGUAGGCCGAAAUGCGGCCAGUGUGCUGACAUCAAGGAGUUACUCUGCAUUUACUCUGAGCCGAAAAGAGACAGGGAUAAAAAAGAAUUGGAGCGUGUAAAGCAGAAAGCGAACCUUUAUGAAGGACUACUUCGAGAGGUAAUUCACGAAGUUGAACUUCCUUUGGCGAAGAAAAUCGGGCAAGCAUUGCGACAUUCGUCUCAAAGGGUUACGCCACAGGAAGGUGUAACUAUAUCGUCAAAUGCCGCCUCGCCCUCUUCAGCUGGCUCACUGGACAACCUCGACGUUCUAGAUGAGGACAUAAACAGGAGCAAACAGAGUAGAGCGACCGGAUACCUAGGUCAAAGCUCUGAGGUUGCCUGGAUGCGCGGUCUGGAAACAGAAGCUAGUAAUCGAUCUGGCAACGAAAAGGCAUUGGAAGGUAGACGCAGCUUAUCACCCCCGGAGUCUGUUCCCAUGGCUUCCUUCAAUUAUCAUAUCGAAUCAGCCGAGUAUCCUGGUUCCGAAGUCAAUAAUUCCUAUGAGCUGCCAUCGAAAGCACUGGCACAAUUGCUGCUGGGGUUAUAUUUUGACAGUGUCCAGCCGUCUCUGCCUAUAAUUCGCCAGGACCUUUUUAUCGACCAGUUUAAUUUACUCUAUUCCGAAUGGUCAAAAAAUCCGGGAAGAAAAUGGCUAGCUGUGCUGAACCUGAUCUUCGCUAUUAGCAACAGGCUUUGUCAGAUUUCUGGUCGAGAUAUUCCAGACAUGGGUCACCAAUUCUUCUCUCGAGCACAAACUUUGAACAUAUCUGAAAGUUUGAUAGAAGACCAUGAAGACCUGCAGCAAGUACAGGUUGAAACACUUGCGGCGUUCUAUCUUUUAACCUCGUCUCAUGUCAACAGGGCGUGGAAAAUGAUUGGCACCGCGGCACGCUCCAGCAUCUCUCUGGGUCUGCACUUACGAGCCUCACAUAACAAGUUAGACGCGCAAGCUCUCGAAGCUCGGCACAAGCUUUGGUGGUCUAUUUUCAUCCUAGAGAAUCUUCUCUCUGUUAUGACUGGGCGGGCCUCCGGUUUAGGAAACAGCUUCUUCUCAGCACCCCCGCCUCUCGCCUCGGGAGACAUGAGUCCUUUUACCAAUAAGUCAUCAAACGCCCGUCUAGACCGGCCCUCUGAGAACCCGCCUAUGCAAUGGACAAUGAACCAGAAAUUCGAGCAGCUCAAAGCUCAGCGAGCUGUUACUAAGGAAAUGCACGCGACCAACGAGCUCUACUUCUUCUAUCUCGCUGAUUUGAUUGUUAUAUCGCACACCGCGUCAACCAAAGUCUACAGCACCGAUGCCGUGAAGCGAGGACUGGAUGACAUCGAGAGACGUAUCCAUCUUUACAACAGCAUGAUGGUCGAGUGGCGUUCUGGUCUACCGGAUAGUCUCAGCUUCGAGGUACUCGACACUAGCCCGAACCUUCCCAUCAUGGAUUCCUUUAGAAUUUCUCUAGCUAUGCAUUACUACAGCUCUCGCAUCAUUCUCAACAGGCCGUGUCUCACAAGAAAAAAGGAUGGCAAGAGCGCUGAUACGAGUCGUCUUUCUCGCCAGAGGAGAGAUAUUGAAAAAACCUGCUUACAAUCGGCUUUUGCGAUUCUUGAAAUUUUCCCAAAUGAACCAGUCUCAGAAUGGCUUUGCUCUGCUCCUUGGUGGAACGUUCUUCAUUUUCUGGUUCAAGCCAUCACUAUCUUGCUUAUUCAGUUUUCCUUUGGCUGCUCAUCGCAAAUGCAGAAAAGCCCAAUUUCAACCAGCGACUGGAGUAGCGAACAAUUUAUGGAGCGUCCCGAAGCCGCCGAUCAUGAAGCUGUUCGUAUCGCGACCAAGAAAGGCUUGGCAUGGCUGUGCCAUCUUGGAAGAACGGACGAUUCCGCUCAUCGGGCGUUUGAAAUAUGCGACAGCUGCGUUCGACGUAUAGAGUCGAGGUGUUUCGACCAGGGUGAUUUGGCCGCUGCGAACGAUCCAUCUGGGACGCCCCAUCAGGACGUACCCGAUGAUGAGACCCAUCGACAGGGUCGAAGCAAGCUCAACGUCUCUGACUCUCAAUUUGCUGGUUCGGGGGUCUUUGGGUACGAUCGGAAUAACGGUGGCCAUGACAACCACUCGGAGUAUACUGAAAGUUUCGAUCUAAUUGAACCGUCCGUUGGCACAUUGAGGGCGGAUAUCGACAUGUCCGACUACAUUCCUGACCCCGAAAAUGCAAGUCUGGAAGACUUACUACAAUUGCUCAGGUAA